AUUGGAUUUUUAGCCUAGAUGUUGAAUACCCAUUGCUUUCAUGGCUGAGGAUACAAAACAGUUGACUGUUUCACUUAUUAUAAAGAGAAAUGUUCAAAAGAAGACACAGAUCACAGAAGAAGACAAUGAGAAGAUAACUGAAGAUCUUUUAAAGCUUACCCAUGUGAGGUUGGACAGAGAAAAAAUUAGUGAAAUUGAAAACCUGGAAUGUCUUGGCAAUGUAACCAAUCUCUAUUUGCAGUCUAAUGUAAUCUCGAAAAUAAGCAAUCUUGAUUGCUUAUCAUCUUCUCUGAGGUUCCUUACUCUGUCAGGGAACAGAAUAACAAAAGUUGAAGGUCUUCUAAAUUUGCAAGCUCUUGCUCUACUUGAUCUCAGUGAUAAUUUAAUUAAGAAUAUUGACUUUGACGAACUUCCCCAAAACCUGGUGUUUGUUUCAUUUAAAGGGAAUGAAUGCUGCAACAAAGAAAAUUACAGUGAUCUUUUGCUCCAACAUUUGCCGAAACUAAAAUCUAUUGACGGUGAAGAAUUAAGUGAUGAUGAUUUCACUGAUGAUGAGGAAGAGGAUGAUAAUGAUGGUGUUGAAUGUUUAGAGGAGAAAAGUGAUCUUGCUCUUGCAGAAUCUGCUCCCACGAGUGUAUGGGAAGCAUCAAACAAGGUUUUGCUUCGUUCUGAUUCUCGUCUGCACAAACUGGAAGAAGAGCAUAAGUCGCGGAUUCAAGAAAUCAACAAAAAGAUGACUUUAGAUCAAAUCGAAAAUCCUUCUCAAAAGUCUUCAGAAGAGGACUUUAAUGUUUCUGAAAUUGAGGAACAAAUUAGGAAAGUCCUGGCAGACAUGGUGCAGGCAGAGCACGCAGUUAUGAACAGUUUUGAACUACCAAAGCUAGGAGGGUAUAAGAUCCCUGAACUUGUUCCUAGCAGUGAUGAUUCUAUUCCGGAUUAUGAACCUGAACAAGCCUUAGAGGAGAAUAUCUCCCCCAAGAAAAAAAACUUGGUUUCCACAGGAACUACCACUUCUAGCACCUCUAAACCAAAGCUGAUUAAACCUACAAACAGACAGACAAACCCUUCAGCGUCGCGGUUUAGAAAUUUCUCUCCAAAAGCACCUCUUAAUAAAUCGCCCCAGCCACCUCCAAAUAAAAGGCAGGCUGUGCGAUCUCCUGCUAAACCAAAGUCUCUAAUUCGUAUACCUGGUUCACGUCCAUUUUCUAAACCCUGAUCACUGUUCUGUACUUAAUUCUUGUCUGAGUGCAAUGGUGCUUUAAAUUCUUCAGCACUUUUUCUUAUUUUAGUUCUAGUACUCUUUCUAUUCUUGCUUUUACAAGCAUAAGACCUGUUUUACAGGCUUUGUUGCAUUUUAUUUCAUGCAGCCAGUCAUUUUUUUUCUA